AUGUCUUUCCAAUUUCCGGCACUAUCAGAUGCUGGCAAUCCAUUGGAUCCGCCGCUGCGAUCCCGCUUUCAGUCCCGCAAUAUAUCUGAAUUGCCCUACGGCGAAUUGGUGGCCCAGAUGGAGGCUAAUGGUCUAAAGACUGAGGUGGCGGAUGGCAUCGUGUCGCUCGCAUCGACUGUGCGAGAAGUCUCGGCGGCCACUAAGAUACCGAACUUUCCUUUUGAUUCCUUACCUACGGUCGGCAAAAUAUUGGCCGAGUUCCCG